AUGGGCGCCACUGACUGCGAAUGAGACUCAGUGUGCAGAGCACUUCUCAUAAUGUUUGGUUUUCCGGAUGGAAUGUCCACAUCACUGGGAUCUCCGGGAAAGGGAGAGGUGAAGGAGUAAAGAGACAACUGAUUCUCUGAGGAUUGUAAAAAGGACGCAGGCCAGCUCAACUGCACAGACUCAAGUUCCUGAUUACAAAGGAGAGAGAAUACCAGGAAAUAAAGCGGGAGAAAAAAGAAAGAGAAGUCUCAUUUCUAGAAGAGGAGCUGACCAAGCUGAAGGCUUUUGCACUGCUGGUUGUAAAGGAGCAACGGCGUCUGAGCGAGCUGCUGGAGGGACAGAGGCGUCGUAUCGCAGAACUGAGCGCUAUCACUGACCGUAUCAGCCAGGGGGUCAGUGCUGCUAAAUCCAGUACAAAGGCGGAGGAGGAACUCAAAUCCCUGCAUCUUGAGGUGGAGCGUAAUAAUCAAAGGCAGAACACCAUGACAGCCCCGAGUCUGCUGUCAGAGGUGGAGGUACUGAGGAGGAGGGUGGUAGAGAUGGAAGGGAAGGAUGAGGAGCUGAUACGCAUGGCGGACCAGUGUCGAGACCUGGACAGCAGACUGGCAAAGGAGAGCAGCCACUGCCGCAGCCUGAAGGUCGAGGUGGAUAAGCUCAACGGCCGAAUCAGUGAAUUGGACAGGAUAGAGGAGGCUUUAGGUAAAAGCAAGCAGGACUGUAGUAGUCUGAAGAGCAGCUUGGAGCGAGAGAGAGAGGCUAGCAAGAUGCUGUCUGGCGAGCUUGACACUCUAAGAGGCAGGGUGAGAGAGCUGGAGGCCGUCGAAGGCAAACUGGAAAAGAGUGAAAUGGUAAUCAGACAGGACCUGGGCAAACUCCGGUCACUCACCGUAGCUUUAGUGGAGGAGAGAAAGGGCAUGGCCGAGAGGCUCCGACAAGCUGAGGAAAAACUCAGCAGGAAAGAGGGCAAAAGAAAUGAGCAAGGUAAUUUGGCAACAAUAGCAGAGAGACUGAGAGAGGAGAGGCAGCAGACGCUUAAGUCUAAGGCAGAUUUAGAAGACAGUAUUAAAGGCAUAGUCAAAGAGAAGGAUGAGCUCCAAGACAGACUUAAAACAGAGGAGGAGAGAAACCGAGAGCUGCAAAGUAAAAUAACCAUAAUGAAGAAAAAGUUACAGAUCUUAGAAAACAGGAGAGAAAAAGAAGAGAAGUACGCAUACAGCUCUAUUCCAAAUAACACCACCCAUCGCUGCCAGACUGAGGACAACAAAGUCAAAGAACUGACCCAGGAGCUUGAUAAGCUGAGAAAAAAGCUCCAGGACAAGGAAGUGUUGGAAGCAGAGCUAAUGAAAGUGGAGGAGGACUUUGAAUCUCUGGAAAGGAGAUUCAAAGAUGAACAGAGCAGGUGCCAAGCUCUAACGGAGGAGCUGGAGGUGUCAAGGAGGGAGCUUUCCAGGUACGAGCAGGCAGAAAAGCAAGAGGUCAACCAGGAGCACCUCCUCCUUUGCCGUCUUCAGAAGGAGCAGGUAAAAUCCAGACUCUUAACCAGAGAAGUAGAUACCUUGAAGGAAAAACUGCAGAAGCUGAUGGGAACAGAGGAAUCCAUCUGCAGAGUUCAGAUGGAUCAGUCCACUCUGCAGAGAAAACUGACCCAGCAAGAGGCCAAGAACAAAGAGCUGGCCAGAGAGAUGAAGGAACUGACCAGUGAGCUAGACAGGUAUAGACGGGUCAAGAAUCUGACACCUGGCGCCAACAACAACUUCUCAGAGCACCAUCAGACUACCAAAGAGGUACAAACUGCCCCCGCAGAGAGCCUGCUGCCCGACUACAGCGGGCACAGCGAGAGACUGGAUGAAGAAAACGAUGACAAGGACCCAAACCACAACACGGAGGUCAUGAAUAGAAGAAGCUCCCUCGUCAACAGCCUGAACAGCUUGAACAGUGCAAAUAAUAACAUGAGCCAGUACAGCAGCCAUUCAGGAAUAGACAUGCACCAGACAAACAAUGGAGAGGUCAUGAUGCUAACACACACACCGGGGCAGCCCUUGCACAUCAAAGUAACCCCACAUCAUAUCCUCAACACAGCCACACUCGAGAUUAGCAGCCCCACUGGAGACACAGCCACGUCCUACACCAGCACAGCCGUCAUCCCAACCACCGGAGCUUCACCUAAACAGAGAAUCACCAUAAUCCAGAACUCGGGUUCGCCUGCAGUUAGUCCAAAAACCCCCUCUUCAAGCCCUGACCGCACCGUCUCCCCGCUAAAUGGAACACCCGUCUCCCGGGUGUUAAGCCCAAAUUCAUCACGCUCCGUCACACCUGACCACAGCAGCUCCCCCAUCCAGAUCGUAACAGUCAGGACCUGCUCUCCAGAGCCGGCAGAUGUUACAAAUCAGGCCAUCUUCUGCAACUCUCCGGAGCUGCAGAACAGCUGGCAACAUCAAAAGUCCAACAGUGCCGACAGAAGUCCCAGUAUCAUCACUUCAGAGGAUAAUAAGAUCCACAUCCAUCUGGGGAGCCCAUACAUCCAGUCUCUGAACGGCCACAGCGUCCCACAGCCUGUCGGGUCGUACUACCUCCGACAUGAACAAAGGACUCAAGUGCUCGCAAAUGGCUGUCAUGUAAAAGGCGUUGGAAAGAUUACAAGUAGCAUCACUAUAUCCCCUGCUAACUCCCCUGCAUCACACUCUUCAAAUAUUACAGUAAGUGGCCUUUGUGAUUAGGCCUAACGGUACACUUCCUCUAAGGAGAACCCCCGAGUCUGAUGUAUGUGGGAACAAUCAUCAAAUAAACACUUUGCGGACUCCUACAAGAGCCUUAGUAAACCUACAUGAUUUACUUAGUGUGUCUCUGCAUUUACUGACUUUAAAAACUCUUUACUGUCUGUAUGACGUGUGUGCCUGUAGCUAAGUGAGACAUCGUGCAACCAAAUGUGUGAUGUACUUUUCAUAAAGUUCUGUUUCAUCCAUGUUUUUUUUCCCUCCUGUUCAUUAAAAGCGCUUUUGUUGUUAUUA